CAUCCAGAAAAUUUGAUAUUAUAAUGGCUACUUUGCUAUGGACACCUUCCAAUUCCCACUCUCUCAAUCUCAAUCUCAACGGAAAACAAUCUCUUAAACUAAACGCAAACCCCUCUCUUCAUUUCAACCGUCGUUUUCGUCGUUUCAACACCGCAAUCUCUUGCAAUUCUACUAAUCACAACGACGCCGAUACAAAACCACAAUCUCAAUCUCAAGCUAUUCAACUUUACUCCCAAAUCGAAAGAUUAGUUACUACUUCUGCUAGACAAUCACAGGAUGCAUGGGGUUCAGCAGACUGGACUGAAGUCGAGGGAUCAUGGAUUCUCAAACCCAAAAGCUCCAAACCCAAUUUUGUUGUACAUUUUGUGGGAGGUAUAUUUGUAGGAGCUGCACCUCAGCUUACCUACCGCUGGUUCCUUGAGCGCCUAGCAGAAAAGGGUGUAUUGGUCAUUGCAACUCCAUAUGCCAGUGGGUUUGAUCACUUCUUCAUUGAAGAUGAAGUGCAGUUUAAAUUUGACUGGUGCUACCGCACACUACAAGAAACAGUCAAAGAGCUUCCUAUUUUUGGUGUUGGCCAUUCUCUGGGAUCGCUUGUCCACCUCCUGAUUGGGUCAAGAUAUGCAGUGCAAAGAUCUGGAAAUGUUCUCAUGGCAUUUAAUAACAAGGUAUUCAUCCAGCAAUCAACGAAAUAUAGGAAGAAGGAUGAGAUGUAUAUGACUGAAAAUAAAUCAGAUUUGAAUAAGAUAAUUCAGAACUUUCUGAUUUAA